CUGCUCCCAAUAACGACUCUCGCCCUCGGUCAGUCGCGCGCGAACCGCGGAGCCGCGAGCAUCUCUUCGUCUCUUGCUUUGCCAAGGGAGACUUUAGUGUUUGUCGCUUCGCGUGUCUGGGCUAAACUGGCACGUGCGACGAGAGAAGAAAAGGAAAAAAGUGCAGGAAUUACGUCAAAGGAAUUUAAUCCAAAGAGGUGAUACCUUGAUAUGAUCGAGGAUUUCGCUUGGGAAGAUUUGCAUGACGUAAAGCGAGAAGUGGAAUUUACGAAAUUCUUAUAUUGCCCAAAUAAAAGCGCCGAAGAAAGCGCGUCGAAAAUAGCGACAGUCCGUAAAGUCGUCCUGGAAAAACAAUAUUCGUAUCGAAAGAUUGUUAGAGAAAAGCGCGAUCGGUCGUUCAGCUGAUCAUCGCGAGGAUCGACGAAUUGGCACGUGGGAGAAGCUUGCUUAGAAGCUAUCAGUCAAUGCGAGGGGAGCAGGUUGCAGUGGGAUGAUUGUUCGCUGCAAGAUUGUUCGAGAGAAUUGUUAAGAAUAGAGAGAGAUAAUAUAUAUCGUGAACGGGGCACGAUUCGGAGCGAAAAUUUUCGGAGUUUAUUGAUCGGCUUUAUGAAAAAUGAUGACUUGUCGUUUUUUUCUUUCAAUGUGGAAAAUAGCGCGUGAUAUUCUCUGGGAAUCAUAACUUUCGCACCAGUAUCAGAAAUUAUCAAGCAAUUGCGAGCAGUAGCAUUUACCUUGUAGAUCAACAUCUCAACAUUUAUGCAAGUCAUAAGUUGUGAAAUUUGUUUAUUAAUGACAUUUGGAUUUUUAAAAGUCAUCCAAAAAAAAACAUUAAUUUUUUAUUGUUAUUAAGUUUUGAUUAUAUCAGUACUGAUUAAUUAUCAAGAUUGUUCUUCCAAUCGUGUCAGACUCAACUUUCUGAUUGUCAGUUUGACAUUCGGUUCUCGUGACAUUUGAGGAAAUGGUUUCAAGAUUCGUAAAGCAUCCUGAUAAUAAACACCUCGCUCGGUCUAGCUUUGUUCAACAUUGAUUUUCUGAUUGGAAGGAGCGAUUCCGAAGAGCCGGAGAGCCACGAUAAUCCCAGCAUGAUGCGUCAAGUGCCGUACAUUCCGAGAUAAGACAAUCCGCGCUAAACGGAGAGGCUGGCAUUGGCGUGGCGGCGACGACGGCAACGGCAGCUGCAGCGGGUGUUGGGUGUGGGAAGACGGUGGCGAGGAGACAAAGGAUCAAUGGAUCUGUAACGCAUGCAAAGUGAUGCAAGCGAUCGACGUGCACGACGACACGGAUACCCAGAUACUGCAGAUCGGGUCGCAAACGGCGAGAGAGGCGAAAGAGAGAUCGGCGAAGAUCGAGCCAGAGUGGGAUAGAGACGAAUGAGUAUUUUUCGACAUUAUCUCUUUGAGGGAAAAACGUCUCUUUCUCUCGACGAUAUUAACAACGACAACAUUAAUGUUGUAAAGCGCGAAGCAAUGCAUCUUAAGAUAUAACAUACGAUUUAUGACCGAGGAUGAAAAAAGCGGAAGGGACGAUAGCGUGACAGAGUUGGUAUCUCUACAUUGUAUUUGGAUAUAAAAGUGAGGCAGACCGACGACGAAAAGGCGACGACGAGAAGGAAGAAACGAACAGGACGCAGCACGGCAGCGUGUACGUGUGCGUAUAUAUGUGUGUGUGUGCAUCGUCACUACAUCGAGGAAGCAGCAAAACGUCGACGGAGGACGCGGAGCUAUUCCUAUUUUAGAGCCCGCCAAAUAUCUUGCCAGGGUGCUGCGUUGACUAUAUGUCUUCCUCUUUCUCCCAUCCUGCUUCUCUUUCGUGCUUCCCACGAGUGUUUUCCUCUCUCUCUCUCUCUCUCUCUCUCCUUUCUUUCUCCCCGGCUGAUUCUCCCUCAUGAACGAGCAGCCGAUUCUGCGCCGAUGACGCACGACACCAACCAAAAGCACUGCGACCUGUGACAGAUUGAUCAUUUGAAUGCCAGCCUUCUGAGCGGCCAAAAGAUUCCGACGAAGUAUCUCGGCUAGAGAUUAGUGAAGCUGCAAAAAACGCAGAAGGUGACCACCGUAUCACGCAAAGAGAAGAAUAAUGGCGGGCGAGGACACGCAGAUAUUGUCGAACGGUAACGUGGAGGCCUUGACGAUCAUUCCGCCGAAAAUGGCAAACGGAAACGGGCUGAUAUGCGGCGGCAAGCAGCACAACAACAACGGCUUGAUAUCGAACGGGAAGCUGCACGGCGGGAUCGGCGCCGCGGAGAACGGCAAGCUGAUCGUGCCGGACGAGAGAUCGAAUAGCCUUCAUACGGAGUUCGACGAUGCCGACGUUUCCUGCGGAUGGGGUCCCUGCAGACCCCACUGGCUGCAAUACUUCGCUACGAAGCAAGCUUUCCUGGUGACCUUCUGCCUUACUUGGGUGCUUCAGGGCAUGUACUAUACGUACUUCGUCUCCGUCAUCACGACAAUAGAAAAGCUCUUCCAGAUCCAAUCGAAAACGACGGGCAUCAUCAUGUCUGCCACGGAGAUCGGUCAGAUCGGAUCGUCCCUUUUACUUACGUAUUAUGGCGGCCAAGGUCACCGGCCCAAGUGGAUAGCCUGGGGCAUGAUCCUCUUCGCCGUGAGCUCGUUCACCUGUUCGUUGCCUCACUUUAUCUAUGGCGAACAGCUGAUCCUUCAAAACGAGAUGCUGCUCAGCGGCCGCGGGUCUAACAAUAGUGAUCCCAUACCGGCGAAUCUCUGCAAGUUCCCGGAAAGAAACGGCACAUUAGAUGGGUGGAAUAUAUCGACGCCCGCAUCGCAGAGCGAUUCGGCGGAAUAUUGCAAGGGUGAUUUUCUCACGGAGCAGAGAAUACAGACCAAAAUAACCACGAUGGUGCUUGGGAUAUUUUUCGUUUCAUUGCUCGGCGUAGGAAUGGGCCAAACGGCGGUGUACACUCUCGGUAUACCAUAUAUCGACGACAACGUGGCCAGCAGAGAGAGCCCUUUGUAUUUCGCAAUCACCAUCGGGGUGCGGAUUCUCGGUCCUGCAUUAGGCUUUAUUCUGGGCUCCUUAUGCACGAUGGUCUAUGCGGACUUGACAAGGACUCCACAAAUCACGCCGACGGAUCCAAGAUGGGUCGGUGCUUGGUGGCUUGGACUGGUCCUGAUCUCAGCAAUGCUAAUGUUCGUCAGCAUAGGGAUGUUUGCCUUCCCGACACGCUUGCCGAAGAGCAGAACACCCCCUCGACGAGCGGAUGCCAAGAAGCCCAGUCUUCGAGAUUUUCCGAGCGCAGUGAAACGACUUCUGAAGAACGACAUACUGAUGUAUAGAACAGCGAGUAGCGUGCUGCACAUCUUGCCGAUCGCCGGUCUUUACACCUUUCUACCGAAGUACCUCGAGAGCCAAUUUCGUUUGCCAGCUCAUCAUGCGAACAUGAUCUCAGGUGUUGGCGGCAUCCUAGUUAUGGGAUUGGGUAUUAUAAUUAGUGGCGUAUUUAUCUUGAGAGCGAAGCCCAACGCGAGGUUCGUCGCAGCCUGGAUCGCCUUCACUGCGGUCGUUUACGCGAUCGGCAUGGGCGUAUUGAUGUUCAUUGGUUGUCCGAUGGAUGAUUUCGCAGGGCUCGUAUCACAUCCUAAUGGACUUUCCAGCUUCGAGCCCACCUGCGAGGCUACCUGCGGCUGCGACCGAAAUAAGUUCAGUCCAAUCUGUGGCGCGGAUGGCAGAACGUAUUUCUCCGCGUGUCACGCAGGCUGCUCGAAUUAUACGGUCGCCGACGGCAAAGUGGCAUCGUUUUAUAACUGUCAAUGCAUCGGUCAGAACGUCACGAUACCCGAAGCAGUGAUCAGCACGGCGACGAUGGGUUACUGCGAACUCGAGUGUAGCAACUUUUGGGUUUACAUGAUCCUAUUUUCGGUCUUCGUUUUUAUCCAUUCGACUAGCGAGGUAGGCUCUAUGCUGCUCAUUCUACGAUGCGUGGAUCCCAGGGACAAGGCCAUGGCUCUCGGGCUGAUACAAUUCGCCAUCGGUUUGUUCGGUAAUGUCCCAUGUCCUAUCGUUUAUGGUGCUGUGGUGGAUUCCGCUUGUCUCGUAUGGGAAUACGCUUGCGGUGAGCGAGGCGCCUGCUGGCUUUACGAUUCGAAUGUAUUUAGAAUGUUCUAUCAUGGUACAACGGGCGGUAUCCUCGUGUGUGCCUUCGUGGUGGAUAUAGUCGUCUGGUACAAGGCCGGGAGCAUCAGCUUCGUGGAGGAACAGGAGGGCGAGGAAGGCACCGCGGAGGAAAUGGCGACGUUAAAAUCGCAGGACGCUCAGACGGUCGAGAAUGACUAUUUGUGAAGGUUUCGCAUUACUCUUUGCGGUGAACGGGUCGUGGCCGAUGCGUCGUCGUCAUCGUCAUCUAAGGACUCAGUGCAGUGUCGUAGGAUACAUGGGGGCCGUCCUCGUUCUUCGCGAAAGGUGUACCGGUAUAGAUCGCCCGGUGUGUUUCCGGGAAUGCGGCGAAGGAUCGACUUGACAUUUACAAGUCAAGACGGAUCUUCUCUCGAAUGAGUUCGUAUCGACGGAAGUCUAGUCUCUUUUCUCUCCUCGACGGUAGAGGAGACGUCCCUCUCAGGACAAUCAACAACUGAUCGUGACGCGAAUUAUUUUCGAGUGUCCGCGCGCGCGAAAAUCAUGAGAAGACUGGCUGAAGUAGAUGAAUGACUUGAACGAUUCGGUUAUUCGCGAGAGAAUCGUGAUCGUUGAAUGAGGAAGAAACGGAUUUGAUUGUGAAGUUGCAAGAAUAGAUUCGGAAGAUUAUGACUCGAUAUGACGACAAGCAGGAAGAUCGCAUGGUUCUUUCGCAGAGAUCUAUCGCGAGAUAUUCUUCUACGUGCAUAGAAAAACAUCUCUCGAAUUAACUCGGCAGACUAUCAUCAGACUCGGACACGCUGAGGAAAAUCAGUAAGAAAGAAGAAACGAUAAAAGUAAUCGUGCGCGAACAAGAGCGAUGUGUGAUAUAGGUCUCGGAAAAAGGAGUUAUGUAGUAAGGUUUCUCUCUCAGGGAGGCUGUCAGUAAGUACACACGCAAUAUAAAAAAAGUAAUACUUCCGUGCCUACGAAACGACGGUGCUUGCGGCGAGCACGCAGGAUCCGCCUCAACGGAGGAUCCGGAGAAUCGAAUCGAAUCAAACCACACGGGCGGCCUCGCGGAUGAACACGAUUCGCGACAGUGAGGGAUUGCAUCGUACGUUGCGCACCGGUGUUGAUUAGUAUACGAUGCAUUUUCAUUGCUGCACGUUAUCUAACAUUUACCGCGAUGCGAAAGGAAACGCGGGACAUUCCGUGUCCUAAUAUAAAAGAAAUUUUUUUUUUAAUUUGAUAAAUAGAAUUUUAUUACAGAAGGCUCGAAUAAGAAAGCAGAAGAA